CAAAAUUCUCUGAUCAAUUAUUCAUCUCAUCCAAACCCCUUUACCUUCUCUAAAUAUACAUAAAACAAACACAGAGAAAUCCCCUGAUCACUUUCUCAUUUCUUCAAAACCCUAUCCCCCAUCCUUAGCUUCUCUCACACACACAUAUAACCUGAUUGUCUAGAGAGAGAAUCGGAGGAGAAAGAGUGCCACAAGAGAGAGAGAGGAUCGCGUGAGAUGGGGAACAACCAACCAUGGCAACACUUAGCAGCGGCCAUGGCGGCGCGAGGGUCGUGGCAGCCGCACACAGCGGCGUUCAGCGGCGACAAGGGCCGGCAGCGGCAAGACAGAGAGAAGGGGGCGGAGAGAGAGAGACGGUUGAAGAGAGAGAGAGACCGGCAGUGGAGGAGACGGCGGAGCGCAGCCGCCUGCGGCGGUCUGUGUCUCGGUCCGACAGACCUCCGUUUUGGGUUCGGGUCCCGUUCGAUUUCAGUUCACCUCGGUCAACAUCCGUUCCGGUUCAGUUCAACUUUCAGAUCUGUUGGUUCGGGUCUCGACAUCAGUUAGUUCAUUGUUCGGUUCCAGUUCUUGUCUCGGUUCAGUUUUGCCUCGGGUCUCGGUUCAAGAUUCGGGCUUUAUUCCGUUCGGGUCAACUCGGUCAAAAGGUCAAACUCGGUCAACUUUAACGCAAGACUCGGUAAAACUCUAAACAAACAAGUUUCGUCUAUAUUGUUUCGUAUAAUUAUUAGCAAAUACUAACCGAGUUUGAACCGUCUUAUAUAGUUUAGAUAUUGUUUAAUAA